UGGAGAAAGUGCACGUACGCGUGUGCACUUGCUGAUCAACAAAGAGAAUAAAUGACAAAUGUAACCUUGUUUUGCAUUCGCGAUAAAAAAUAAAAUUUAAUUACUAAUUUGUUAAUGUAAAUGUACAUAUAUUUUUUCCAAAAUGUAUUUGAUAUGAGACAAUUAUAAUGAAUAUUUGAUAAUUUUGUAUACAACGAAGAGAAUGCUAAUAAGAAAAUACUUGAAGAUAUUGUUUUUAAGAGUGUUAAAUUGUUCUUACUUGUCAAAGUCUACUACAAACAGAUCAAAAUGGCACCAUUGACAGAUUUACUCUCUUGUAGUAUAAUAGAGAAGGACUGUAAUGGAGAUGUUCUGUGGACGUGGUCAUAUCCAUCGGUAACAGACUCUCAAAAAGUUGUAGUCACAAGAAAAUGCAAUUUGAAACUAGAACAUAAUUCUCCCCAUGUGUUUGUAUGUGCAAGACAUGGCCACGACUGGUUUUACAUACAUUGCAGUGAGGUGUUUGACUCUGAUAAGUUACCAAAAGUAAAACAAUUUGCACUGGUUCUUUUUGCAAAAGAUUUUAAUCCACAAAAAUACGAAGUGCUCUCGAGAGUUCUCAGCAAAAUGUAUUGCAAAACAGGCAAACCAACAGAGAUCUUGCAGUUGUACCUUUCUGUGUUUACAAAAGGAUCGUGUUCUACACAAGAGAACGGAACAUUUGUUUCCGAUGAUUUUAAUACCCACCGUUUUACAGCCAGCACCAAUGUCAGAGAGUUGAUUAAAACAUUUGAAUUGGAAACAAUUUUGAUAUACACUUCUCUCUUGUUGAAAAAGCGAAUUAUUGUGUAUCAUCACAGCUUGGAGCAACUUCUUAAAUGGAUAAGAACAUUCCCUGCAUUGAUGAAACACAGAAAAGUCACUGACAAUCUCUUUCCCUGGGUUGAUUUAGUAAAUGAUGAAGUAACUGAAUUAAAGAGAUACUCACACUAUGUGGCAGGCUGCAGUAAUAGCUCAAUAUCUUUGAGAACCGAUAUGUAUGAUCUGCUUGUAAACAUUCCUGCUCGAGAAAUUACUAUAGCACCGCAUGCGAAAGAAAGUCUUACAAUGACAAAAACUCAUAAAGAGAUAGCUUUAUUUAUGGUUCAAUUGUGUGAGAAUCAAAACUACACGGAAGCGCAGAUUAUCUCUGAGAUAAAUGACAAAACCCAAGAUCUUUUGAAUCAGUUGACUUCGUUAGCUACGGUCCAAACUCCCGACGGCAGAAAAAUGAUCUCAGUCGAGAUAUUUAGAGAAAAGAAUCUGGCACCGGCUGUAGAAAGUUUUCUUAUUAAUUUGGCCAUUGCUGAGAAUCUCUUUAUGUUGUGAUAUGUGCUUUUCUCAAAAUCAAAAUCUCUUUACGAAAUAAUUUAAGAUAGUGAAAAAUAAGAAUAAAAAAAAUGUAAGAUAUUCAUUAUUGAUGAAUUUUCUUAUAAUUGUUUUGAUCUUUUUUUAAGAUGAUCGCAAGUUCUUAUUCUUAUUGGACACUGUCUUAGAUUUUGCUAUUGUAUUGUUACGUGUUUUUA